UAGCAUAUUAAUCUGGCAUUUACUCAUAUUAUAUCAUACAGGCCUUUCGUUGUUAAAUGCGAAAUAAGAUGACAUCAAAUUAAUAUAUAAGUAUAUUUGUCACCGCUGUAAGGACUGAUGUUCAGUACAUGUAUAUAAUAUUUAUAUCGCGUUUUGAUCUUGGAUAUUUUACGAGGAACUAACGAACUUUUUAAACUGUCCUGUGCUUUGAUAAUCUACAGGUGGUUUUGUAGCAAUUUGGGUGAAAGAUGGCGAAUGAUACGAAUAUAACGAUUUAUCAUCACUACCAUACCAUGGAACACGAUUCGGCAAUUAUCAUGUUUAUUUUUGGCAGCUGUGCCGUUGGCGCUUUGACUCGGCGUGUGAUACAGGGAUUGAACCUCCGCUUACCUUACACAGUGGUUCUUCUUGUUCUCGGCGUGCUGUUUGGGCUUCUGUCAUCUCGCUAUCCGAGCGUACACGUGUAUGCACGUGUUGUGGAGACGGACCCACAUCUAAUACUGAGUAUUUUUCUACCAGUGUUGAUAUUCGAGUCAGCGUUUGCUAUGGAAGUGCACACGUUUAUCAAGGCAUUCGUGCAAGUUGUGCUCCUUGCCAUACCUGGAUUAUCAUUAGCAUCAUUCCUGACGGCAAUCUUGGCUAAGUACAUGUUUACAUACAACUGGGAUUGGUACCAGGCUAUGAUGUUUGGUUCGAUCCUCAGUGCCACGGAUCCGGUUGCGGUCGUGGCUCUACUCAGAGAUUUAGGGGCUUCCAAACAGUUGGCGAUGGUUAUUGAAGGAGAAGCGCUUUUAAAUGACGGUGCUGCCAUUGUAUUCUUCAACGUUUUCCUCAGACUGGUCACCAGCGAACAGGGAACCACGGGAAGUGACAUAGUUGUAUAUUUUAUACAAGUGGCAAUAGGCGGUCCAUUUGUGGGUUUUAUAAUGGCGAAAAUCACAUUAUUUUGUUUGUCGAAAAUUUUCAACGACGCCAUAGCUGAGAUCACCAUUACUCUGGCAUCUACCUACAUCACUUACUAUGUUGUUGAGGAGUUCUGCAAGAUGUCUGGUGUGUUAGCUGUUGUUGUUUUAGGUCUAGCAAUGAAUUCAGAACGUACCAUGAUCAGCCCCGAGGUGGAGACAUUCCUCCAUCGGUUUUGGGAGACUCUUGCUUACCUUGCAAACACUUUGAUCUUCAUCAUAGUCGGUAUCGUCAUCUCUGAGAAAGCCAUCUUCGAAAUCCACGGAAUCGACUGGUUUUAUAUGUUCUCUUUGUACUUUGGUUGCUUUGUCAUCAGAGGUUUUGUUAUAGCCUUGUUUAGCCCAAUAUUGAAGCACACAGGGUAUGGUUUAACAUGGAGAGAGGGUACUGUUAUGACGUGGGGAGGGUUAAGAGGAGCUGUAGGAUUGGCCCUUGCAUUACAAGUUGCUCAUCAUGACCGGAUAGACCAAGAGACUGUAGGAAACAGGGUUUUGAUCCAUGUUUCUGGUGUUGUCUUUCUAACAUUACUCGUGAAUGCUACAACUAUAUAUGGACUACUAGAAGUUUUAGGUAUGAGUGAUUUGUCUCCGGCCAAACGUAUGGCUAUGGCUAAUGCUCUUCGACACUUACAGGAUCUUCGGGAGAAAACAUUGAAUAUGUUAAAAACGGACAGAUUUUUAGCUGAUGCUGAAUGGGAAACUGUUGAGAAACAGACAGAAGUAGUGGAUCCCUACAAGACAAGCGAUGAAGAGUUUGAAGAAGAAAUGGCACAGGUCGAGGACUCUCUUGAUAUCAAACAGAACACGUGCUGUUCGGAGUGUGAGGCGCAGCUACCACCUCAAUAUUCUCGUAAAGAGCUCCGAGAUAUGACUAAUGAGGCAAUUCUGCGAAUGUUGAAGGCUGAAAAGAUGAGUUACUGGCGACAGUUCGAACAUGGAAUGUUGUCAAGAGAUGCAACAAGAAAACUUCAAGAGUGUACAGAAAUAGCUUCUGACCACAAAGGAAAAUUCAUCGAUAUCGAAGACGUUAAGAAAAGUUGGGAAAUACCAUCCGUUUAUCCUAAAUUGAAAAGGAUGGUAAAGAGAGGAAUAGCAAAAACUGAAGUAGAUAUUGACAAAGACUCUAAGCUGUGGCCUCUAUUCCGUAUGGAGCGACACAAGGCCUUCUAUAUCGUUGUUUACACUAUAAUCAUUAUUGACAUGAUCAACACUGCUUUUGCAAUCACCAGUGAGUAUCACGAACACUUCUUCGAUCAGAAAAACGUCUUCAGGAGUAUCAACCUUGUCUGUGUAAUUUUGUACAUUGUCGAGUUACUGCUUAAAGUUGUGGUUCAGAAAAAGGCUUACCUUACUAACACCUGGCAUAUUCUGUGUAUUGCCAUCAUUCUGAUAGGCUUGGCAGACGUAUUUCAGAGCUUUAUAUUACCAGCUAUAUAUGGGGAGUUACACGGAUCAGUACAUGUGGUCUCCCUUGUCUUUAUUAUCCUGAGAACUAUCAGAGCUUUGAGGCUCCUAGAGCCGACGAUGCCAUAUGUACUGACGUUUGUCAAAACCCGUAUGAGUCAACAUUUGAGUUAUGGUUUCGAUGUCGGUCGUGGAUUCGUUGCCGGCGAGGAGGAGGUCCGGAAGUUGGUAGAUCAUAUGUCAGAUCACAAAGACAUUGCAAAAUCUCUAAAACAGAUGAGUGAUAAUAGUAGACUGGACGUGAUUCGAUGUCUAGGCAUGUUGUCAAAACAGCACCCUGAUAUCGCCCUCUCUAUAAAAACCCGGCAGGCAAUCCGCAGUGUACUAAAUCAGCUACGAGAUGGUAUACACGAACUUCUUACAGAUGGUAUCCUAGAGGAGGCAGAAGGACACAAACUUGAAAAGAAAGUAGAAGAGCGUAUGAAGAGAUUGCAGUCAGCACCGCCAAGUCUCCCAAUACCUCCUCCAGACAAAAUGUUGAAGAAUGUGUCAUGGUUACGUAACGAUAAGGAGUUGAUGGAGUAUAUUAAGGAAAAAGCAAAGUUACUAAGUUUUGACUUUGAUGACAUUAUUAUGAGGGAGGGUGAUCCAGCAGGAGGUAUCUACGUGAUAAUAUCAGGAAUGGUCAGGUUAGAAUCUUCGAAUCCGUCGGGGAAACCUGUUCUGUCACUUCAAGAGAAGCCUUCGGGAACUACUAUACAAAUUAAGACGUAUGUGCUGGACUUUAUGACAUCCGGUAAUAUUAUAGGUGAGAUGGGGUUGUUGACUCACAAACAUAGGUCUGCAACGGUCAUUUGCGAAACCUCUGUGCAGCUGUUAUAUGUAAGCUUGGAGGAUAUGGAAUACGCCAUGCAGAAGUUCAACAAAGGUGACGAACCUCUCGAAUAUAGGUUAUGGCACGUGUGUGCAAACCGUAUUGCUGCAAAUAUUCUCAUGAAACAGUCCGCUUUCCAAGGGUGGACAAAGGAGAAGAUAAAGCUGAGGCUAGAGAACAGUUACCUGGCUAGUACGUCCAACAGACAGUUCAUUGUUGACUCGUCCAUGUCAGAUGUUGUUUUGAUAAGUGGUUCUGCGAAAAACCCAUUUUCUGAUGAGAUAUUUGACGGUCCUUGCUAUGUUCCCUGGACAGUGUUUAAACUUGAACUCAUUUCAGACGAGGAAGUGACCCCGGUGGUCAUUCUGGUAAUACCCACUGAAGUAGGUCAACCAAUACAUGCUCCGGGUAAAAAGGCUGAUCAACAAAGAGGACACGGUGCUUUUAUAAACAACCUGAGUCAGUUAUGUCUACGCCAUGCUUCGAAACACAGAAUCAAUGUUGAAUCGAAGUGGAGGAAAGUACAGAAUGCCAAAAGUCUGGGAACAUUGUUCAAACAGCACAAACUGAUUGGAAAUGAUGGGAUAGGAUCUCAUGUGAGAUAUGAAAAUGGAGCCCCAAGCUACGCGCUUCAACAUAGGACAUCUGUCCCAAUUUCACUAGAUGGACGUUCAAAUAGAGGCUACUCUCCGGAGCGAACUGAAAUAUCCGCCUCGUCUUCUUCGGGGGAUUCUCAUUCAACAGCAGAAGAAGGCAAGGUUGAUAUCAAACUGCAUUCUCCCGGAAAAGAUCUGUCCUCAUCACCUUCUCUUCAGAGAAGAUUAUCGACAGGCUGGUCCCGGUUGAAACGCCGUCUCAGUUCUGAUCAUACACACACCGGAAGUAGUACCACGGAGUCUUCUGUGCAUUCGUUUGAAUCGACAGAAAUACUUCCAGAUGACCUUGAUUACAUCGAAGGAGGAGAUAUUGUACAAGAGCACGCGCCACAUCACGUGGGAACUAGUUCUUCACAGAUUCACGAUUCGAAUGUAAACGCUCAGGCCAGGCAUUCCUUAUUUCCGGUUGAAGAAGAAAAGACAGACACCGGCAAUGAAAACAACGCCGCCGACGGUGGCUCAAGUGCUAAAUCACCUUUAAAAAGAAUGAACGCCGUCCAACACGUUAACGGUAUAGAAAAUGAUACUGAUUCAACAAAGGCAGUAUUGACCCCCGUUUCAGACGACACACAUUUUUAAACAGGGGCGGUAAACAGUUAUCUCCUGUAUGACUAGGUUUAAAAAGAGUUGUUUCUCUUACACCAUAAGAUAGAUAUAGCACAUGUUGCGAUUUUUCUACGCAAGCAUAUAUCACAAAAACCUAUUACGGACUUAUGCAAAUAUAUGUGAUUAUAUUACUAGAUAGUUUAGAAUCGUGUUAAUUGUAGAUUUAUUUUUGAAAUACUUUAUAACCUUUUUCUUAAUUUUGCUUAUUUUUUAUUUCACGCACAUGUUAUAAAGUAGAGGAAAAACCAAUCAUUUCUGCGUGCAUAUCGCUGUUUACUCUAUGCUUUCACGCACGUGAACGCCUGUGCAUCUCUAAAGACUGGAGUAUAAAUUCCUAUAGUUAAAAAAUAUCAAGCAAAAAAUAAUGCAUUAGAGGGUUAGGCCGAUUGGCGACAGAAAGUUGGCCCAAAUCACAAAGAAACCUUUUGAGAAAUGUUCCCUUAAUUAAUUUAGUUGUUUGAUAUAAUGUUUUCAAACUUUCCACUUGAUGUUGUAAGAAGAACAUGUUAAUUAAUCACUUAAACACAAGCAUUUUGAGUUAUUUUUAUUUAAGUUUUACAUGUUUUUAACAUAAUUUUUCUUUCUUUUGUCAGGUUUUAAUAAUUCCUCUAUUAAAGACCGGUCUUCGGCCCCCCAAUACUGAAAAGUUCACGUCCCCUUAUUUUAGAGCCAGGCUCCUUAACAACUAGGUUAUCUUUUCCCUUGAAUAUAUUCUACGGCUGAAACCAGCUGAACCAAGUCCCAUCAUAAUACAUUUAUAACCUAAACUAUUGUUGUCUUUUACAUUUUUCCUGAUUAUGCGGUUACUUGUAAACCUUUUAUUCUUCUCGACAUUGAAGACGAAAAAAGACAUCAUUUUUUGUGCUAGGAUAUAUAUUUCAAUGAAUCUGAAAUGAUGUUAUUUUUUACAGAAUAAGUAGACACAUAUGCAAAUUGAUACUGUCAUCCCAGCACUACCACGGGAUGAGGUAGUUACAGCUGAUAAAUGAACAAUUUUACUUACUUAUCACAUUUCGUUAUUGCCAUGUUUUAUUACUUUGAUUUAGUUUGUGAAACUCUUCCAUGGCAUGAACAUAUGGUACAAUAUUAUAUUUGUAAGUUAUCUAAAUAAAUUUUUAUUU